AUGACUCUUAGUCAUUAUCUCCGUUUGCCGCUUGGGCUGGUCGUUAUUCUGCUUUUGUGCACGCAGAUUUUUGGUCCUCCCGUGGCAGAGGAGCAAAUCUCGGAGUCUAUACAGUCAAUCUCAGCCCAGUACUUCAAACUUGUGGAGCGGUCAAUGAAUGACACCUUGCGAAAGCUUAUAGAUCAAGUGGAUUCCAACGGGGAUGGUCAAAUUCAGCUGGAGGAGGUUCAAAGCCUUGCAUUCACUGCACUUCGGCGAGUCCGGAAUGCCGGAAUGCACGCAAAGGAAAUUAGUAGAGCUCUCUCCCAUAUUACAUGGACAGAGCUGUUUUGGCGGUAUUUUUGUCUGCAGCUGUUGUUCUUGUUUUCUCUUUUUGUAUUUGAAAAUCUGCGAUGCCUUAUAUUUACUUCUCCGCGUCGACUUCUUCUUGACGACUCCUACUUGACUGCAACUCCACUUGAGGUUGGCCCAGAGAUUGCGUUGAAAUAUGACACUCCAUGGACCCCGUAUGAGCGAGUUAAAAUGGCGUUCUUUGCAGUAACUGGACUUUUGUUCUUGCGUAUAUUUUGCGUGUUUUUUUUUGUCGUACUUUCAUUUUUUUUAAUGAGUCUUUGCAGUUGGCGCGGUCGAACGCGUCUUGACAACCCGCUUUGGUUUUACGUAAUGAGCAGCACAGCCUGUUUCUGUGCUACUGUUGGCUCAAUCUUUGCUGGUAUAUAUCACAUGAAGAUGUUUGGACGCGUUGCAGAUGCGUCCACGUGUAAGAUAUUGAUUGGGAACCAUUCCUGUGUCAUGGAGGUUAUUGUGCUUUUUAUGCUGGGCAAUUUUCCGUCAUUUGUGACGCGGGAGGAGAACUGCGAGAAGGCCCCAUUCUUUGCAGAUAUCGCGGAAGCCGUAUCUGCCAUUGUUGUGGACCGCAACGAUGCACGCUCCCGUCAGCAGGCCGCUGCUGCCAUUAAAGCACGCGCGAAGGAUCAAAGCCCCAACGCACCCCAACUUCUUGUUUUUCCGGAGGGUACCACAUCGAAUCAGCGAGCACUUUUUAUGUUUAAAAAGGGGGCUAUGGAACCUGGUGAGCCGUUGCAGAUGAUUUGCGUAAGCUUUCCCUACAAGCACUUCAAUCCAUGUUGGACGGGACGCGCCUGCGGUGGAAACAAUUUUAGUGACCUUGUUGUGCGUCUGUGUUCGCAGUUUGUAAACCAUCUGGAGGUGCGGGCACUGCCGGUGUACACCCCCACAGAGGCGGAGAAAAAGGAUCCAUUCCUGUACGCGAAACACUGCCAGCAGAUGAUGGCUGCCGUCCUCCGCUGCAACGUCAGUUUAUGUACAUUCAAUGACUACGAAGCAUUGUCAAAAGAGACGACACGCACGUAA